AUGGCUACCACGACAACCAUCGCUUCUCACAUCCCAAACCGGGACAACAACAUGAAAGCUCUGUGGGCCCGGCGGCUAGUCCGCGAGAAGCUCGCCGCAGAACUGAAUGUCCUGCAACGGAGAUCCGGGGCGGAAGCCAAAAGUCUCUUGUCGACGGCCGGCGUCCCACUCGACACCCCUUGGACCCAUGACAACCUGCCGCCCGACACCUCGUCUCCACGUGAUGGGUUUCUGGGCGGCCCUGAAGAGCAGGAGCCUCCACCACGCAAGGUGUGCAUCGUGGGUGCGGGUAUUGCGGGCCUCUACAUCGCCAUGAUUCUGGACAGCCUGGAAAUCCCCAAUCUCACCUACGAGAUCCUCGAGGCCAACUCCCGGGUCGGCGGCCGCGUCUAUACCCAUCACUUUACCGACGGUCCCCAUGACUACUACGACAUCGGUGCCAUGCGCUACCCAGACAUUCCUACCAUGAAGCGCACUUUUGACCUGUUCAAACUCACAAACAUGCCAGUAAGGGAUUACUAUCUAAAGGGUCCCAACACUCCUGACCUGUUCAAUGAUUACUUCUUUACGGAUGGCCCAGACCCCUAUCACGUCAGCACUGCAAACGGGGGCUGCGUUCCUAAUCACGUCGUCGACAAUGUCGGCAAGAUCCUCGAAGAUGCCUUUGGCCCGUACAAGAAAGAGUUGGCUUUGAACUUCAACAAAGGCUUUGCCGACCUCAUGAAGGUGGACGACUUCAGCACCCGCGAGUACUUGAAGAGAGGUGGGCCGGACGGCACGGAGCCCAAGUACGAUUUCUUCGCCGUUCAGUGGCUGGAAACACAAAAUACGUCCACCAACCUCUUCGACCAAGCCUUCUCCGAGAGUGUCAUGGACUCGUUCGACUUCGACAACCCCCAGCCUGGCGGCGUCAAGUGGUACUGUAUCGAGGGGGGCACCAGCCUCCUAACCGAUGCCAUGCAUGCCGGGCUACGUACCCAGGUCACGACCGGCAAGCGCGUCGAGGCCAUCUCCAUCGAGCGCAACACCAUCGAAGAAAAGGACGGCAAGCUUACCAUAGACGACGGCAACAUGUCCGUCAAGUGCGCCGGCGAGGCCGAGCCCCGCCGCGGCUACAGCACCGUCUUCACCACCACCUCCCUCGGCUGCCUCGGCCGCAUGGACCUCCGCAGCCUCGAAUUGCACCCCUCCCAAAAAGACGCCAUCCGCAGCCUGCACUACGACCACUCCGUCAAAGUCGCCCUCAAGUUCACCUACCCCUGGUGGAUCGUCGACUGCGGCAUCACACAAGGCGGCGUCGCCUCCACGGACCUGCCCCUCCGCACGUGCGUGUACCCGUCCUACAACACCACCGACGACCCGACCAAGCCCGCCGUCCUCCUCGCCUCCUACACCUGGGCGCAGGACGCCACGCGCGCGGCCUCCCUCGUCAGCCGCGCGUCCCCCGCCGGCGAGGACGAGCUGGUCGAGCUGAUCCUGCAGGACCUGGCGCGGCUGCACGCGCGGCACAUCACGUACGCCCAGCUGAGAAAGGCCUACACGGGCGAGCAUCAUGCCUACUCGUGGUCGCAUGACCCGAACACGGCGGGGGCAUUCGCGCUGUUCGGGCCGGGCCAGUAUAGUAAUUUUUAUCCGUACCUGUCGCGUCCGGCGGCGGAUAGCAAGUUCCAUAUUGUAGGGGAGGCGGCGAGCGCGCAUCAUGCGUGGAUUGUGGGGGCGUUGGAUAGUGCGCAUGCGGCGGUGUAUCGGUUUUUGCAUCGGUUUGGGUUGAAGGGCGCGAUUGGGGUGCUGGAGGAGAAGUGGGGGAAAGUGGAUGAGCUGGAGACGGGGAGGGAGGGGACGGUGCAUUUGCAGGUCAUGUUGGGGAAGCUGAGGGCGGGGGAUCAGUACAGGGUUUGA